AUGGCAGUGGCAAACAAUAAAACACAUUGUUUUACAUGCAAUAAAGAAAAAAUAACAUAUCCUUGUAGAGGAUGUUCAAAAGAAUUUUGUUUAACACAUUUAACAGAACAUCAACAAAUGUUAAAUGAAGAAUUAAACCAUAUUAUUAAUGAUUAUGAUGAAUUUAAACAAAAAAUUAAUCAACAAAGACAAAACCCACAAAAUCAUUCGUUAAUAAAACAAAUUGAUCAAUGGGAACGUAAGUCAAUUGAAUUAAUUCAACAAAAAGCGCAAGAGUACAGAGAAAUCCUUGUUAAAUCAUCACAAACAUGUGUUAAUGAUAUUGAAAAGAAAUUUAAUGAUUUAUGUGAACAAAUAAAACAAAUUCAUGCCGAAAAUGAAUUUAAUGAAAUUAAUUUAAACGAUCUAAGAAAUCAAUUAAACGAAAUUACAGAAGAAUUAAAUAAUUCAUCAAAUAUUUCUAUUCAACAAGAAUCGCAAUCAUUUAUUGAUGAAAUUUCAAUUAUUUCAUCAAAAAAACCAAAAUUUAACAAAUGGAAACAAACUGCCAUUACUGUAGCUGCUGGAAAUGGACAAGGACAACAAUUAAAUCAACUUAAUCACCCUGCUGGGAUCUUUAUUGAUAAAAACAAAAACAUUUUCAUUGCUGAUCGAGAUAACCAUCGUAUUGUUGAAUGGAAACAUAAUGCAAAUGAAGGACAAACUAUUGCAGGUGAAAAUAAACAAGGAAAUCGAAUGCAUCAGUUGGGUCGACCAAUAGAUGUGAUUGUUGAUGAACAAAAUCAUUCGAUCAUCAUUGCUGAUCUUGGAAACAGACGAGUGAUUCAAUGGAUGAAUCAAAAUCAAGACGUUCUCGUUGACAGUAUUAAUUGUCAGGGCUUGGCAAUGAAUAAAAAUGAAUUUCUUUAUGUUUCUGAUUCACAGAGGAAUGAAGUAAUACGAUGGAAAAUGGGAGACAAUGAAGCAAUUGUAGUGGCAGGUGGAAAUGGGCAAGGAAAUCAACGCAAUCAGCUUGAUUUUCCUACUUUUAUUUUUGUUGAUAAAGAUCAAGCUGUUUAUGUAUCAGAUUUUAACAAUCAUCGUGUGAUGAAAUGGAGAAAAGGUGCAAAAAAAGGGAAAAUUGUGGCUGGAGGAAAUGGUGAAGGAAGAAAUCUCAGUCAAUUGUGUCACUCUGGAGGAGUAGUUGUUGAUGAUUUAGGUCAAAUAUAUGUGGCAGAUUUUGGGAAUCAUCGAGUAAUGCGUUGGUGUGAAGGAAAAAAAGAAGGUGAAAUUGUUGUUGGUGGAAACGGUGAAGGAAGUCAAUCAGGCCAAUUGUAUGGUCCUUGUGGUUUAUCUUUUGAUGAUGAAGGAAAUCUUUAUGUUGCUGAUUGUAAGAAUCAUCGAAUACAAAAAUUUGAAAUAUUCUUAUGA